AUGUUGAAAAAUGAAAAAAAAAAAAUAAAUAAUACCAACAAAAAUGAUAAAGAAAUUGAUGACGAUCCAAAAAAUGAAGUGAAUCCAAAUGCAACGCCAAAUGUUAAAAAAAAGAAAAACAAAAAUACAAAUCAAGUAGAUAAGAGUAAUAAAAAAUCUCAAAAGAUAAUUGUAGAAGACACAAAUAAAACGAAUAUUAACGAAAGUAAUAAUCCGAUAAAAACUAUCGAAAUCAACGAUAAUGAGGAAACAAAAACAAACGACUUGUCUGCCCAAAACAGUAAACUUGACACUCCUAACAAGAAUGACAAUAAAACAAAUUUAAAAAAGCGAAAAAAUAAUAAAAAGGAGAAAUUAAAACUUAAUGAAGGUGCAAUAACACAUGAUCAACUAAUUGAUGAAAAAAAUGAAAAAAAUAUAAAAGAAGAAAAAAAAAAGAAAAAAAAAAUGAAAUUAAAUGAUAAAACAGAAAUAAACAAGGGUGUAGAAAAUGAAGAGAAUAAUAAUGAUCAUAUUUUACAACCUGAUGACACAAAAGUUAUAAAUGAAGAAAAAGACGAAAAAAAAAAGAAAAAAAAAGCGAAAUUAAAUGAUAAAACGGAAAUAAACAAGGGUGUAGAAAAUGAAGAGAAUAAUAAUGAUCAUAUUUUACAACCUGAUGACACAAAAGUUAUAAAUGAAGAAAAAGAAGAAAAAAAAAAGAAAAAAAAAGCGAAAUUAAAUGAUAAAACAGAAAUAAACAAGGGUGUAGAAAAUGAAGAGAAUAAUAAUGAUCAUAUUUUACAACCUGAUGACACAAAAAUUAUUAAUGAAGAAAAGCAUAAUGAUCAUAAUUUACAACCUGAUGACACAAAAGUUAUAAAUGAAGAAAAAGAAGAAAAAAAAAAGAAAAAAAAAAAAAAAUUAAAUGAUAAAACGGAAAUAAACAAGGGUGUAGAAAAUGGAGAAAAUAAUAAUGAUCAUAAUUUACAACCUGAUGACACAAAAAUUAUUAAUAAAGAAAAGGAUAAUGAUCAUAUUUUACAACCUGAUGACACAAAAAUUAUUAAUGAAGAAAAGGAUACACCUUUUAUAGAUAUCAAGGAAAAAGAGGAAAAAAAAAAGAAAAAAAAAACGAAAUUAAAUGAUAAAACGGAAAUAAACAAGGGUGUAGAAAAUGAAGAAAAGCAUAAUGAUCAUAUUUUACAACCUGAUGACACAAAAGUUAUAAAUGAAGAAAACGAAAAAAAAAAAAAGAAAAAAAAAACGAAAUUAAAUGAUAAAACGGAAAUAAACAAGGGUGUAGAAAAUGAAGAGAAUAAUAAUGAUCAUAUUUUACAACCGGAUGACACAAAAGUUAUUAAUGAAGAAAAGGAUACACCUUUUAUAGAUAUCAAAGAAAAAGAAGAACCAAAUGAAGAAAAAGAAAAAUGUGACGAUACAAAAUAUGAUAACGUGGAUAAUUGUGUUACUGUGAACAAAAUUAAAAAAAAUAACCGAAAUAAUAACAAGAAUAAAAACACAAAGGAGAAAAAUGUGAAAUUAGUUACACAAAAUGCAGAAAUAACUAAUUUGAUAAAACAAGAUCCAAAAGAACAUAUAUCUUUUAUCAACAAUGAUGAUAAUAAUAAACAAGACGAUCCAGAGCCACUAGUGGAAAACGAAAAAGAUUCAAAAUCAAAAAAAAAUAUAAAUUUUACAAAAUUAAAAAAUACUAAUGAAAAAAAGGGUGUUAAGGGAAAAAAUGAUAUUGAUCAAUCAAAAAAAAAAAAAAAAAAAGAAAUUCAUAAAUUAAAUGAUAAAACUGAACAAGAUAAAAUUGAAAUCAUGGUCUUAGAUAGUAUAAGCAAGCAAAAUAGUCCUAUUAAAAAUGAGAAGUGCAAAGAAAUUGUUGGUGAUAAUAAUAAUAAUUUGGAAAUGCCCAUGUCUAGUUGUCUGGAUGCUUCAUUAAAUGUGCAAAUUGAGUUAUCACAAAAUGUUACAGAAAAUAAAUCCGUAGAACCAGAAAAAGGUAAAUCGAAAAAAAAAGAAAAAACAAAGGAAAAGGAAAAAAUUAAACAAAAUGAACACGAAGAAGAUACUAAAGUAGAAAUACAAGAUGAACAAACGAUCACAGAGGAAACACAAAAUAAUGAAGAAAUUAAAAUAUAUCCAAAGGAUCAAGAAAAUGUUAAUGAAAAAGAAAAAAAAAAGAGUAAAGAUGUAACAGAAAUAAAAAAAACAAAUAAAAAAGAGGAAUUAAACAAAGGAAAACCAAUAAAAAUUGUUUUAAGUGAUGCAGAUGCAAAAGAAAAAAUUUAUAAAUACAUGAAACAAACAAAUAGACCAUAUUCUGUUGUUAAUGUAUAUGAUAAUCUCCAUGGAAUGAUUAGUAAAAAUUCUGUUCAAAGAAUAAUGGAUGAAUUAAGUAUUGAAAAAAAAUUACAAUGUAAAGAAUAUGGAAAAGCAAAAAUAUAUUUAAUAAAUCAAAAAGAAUUUGAAAGUUUAAAUGUAGAAGAAAUUAACAAAUUAAAAAACAAUAUUGAAGUAGUAAAAGGAGAGGUAGAGCUAGCUAAAAAUUAUUAUAAUGAUUUAUUAAAAAAAAAAAAAAAAUUAAUUGAAGAUUUAAAUCUCAUUAAAAAUAUGAAUGAAUAUAAAAAGUCUUUGUUACAAAUUGAAGACGAAAUACACAUUUAUGAAGAAACAAAUAAAAAUUGUAAAAUAUCUAUCGAUGAAAUUGAUAUUAUAAAAAAUAAUCAUGGAUAUUUACAUUCGGUAUGGUUUAAGAGAAAAAAAUUAUGUAAUGAAAUUAUUAAAUGUAUAGCUAGCUUAACAGAAAAAGAUACACAAGGGGUUAUUUAUCAUUUGGGUAUUGACACAGAUGAAGAUGUUAUUCCCCUUAAUUUGUACUUUUAA